AUGUACGGGGGUGGUGUUGGUGGGGAUGGUUAUGCUCCUUUAAUGCCUGGUGGUGGUGGUGCAGCAGCAGCAGCAGCAGCAGCAGCAGCAUAUGAUUCUUAUUCUUCUUCUUCUUCGUCUCCUUUCUCUCCUUUAUCCGCUCAGCGUGUAGCAUUAGGCGUUGAUUAUAGUUUAUGUAUAGGUUUAAGAGGGCAGCAGCCUCAGGUGUUUGUGUGGGGUUAUAACAGCAGCAAUGUUUUAGGAGUAGGAAUAGAGACACAAGAGCAGCAAUACCCUUUGCUGCUGCCCUUCUUUGUUAAGCAGCCGUUAUUUGCUGUUGCUGCUGGUGUCUCUCAUUCUCUUUUUCUUGUUAAAAGAGUUAAUGCAGCAGGGGGUAAAGUUUUUUCUGUUGGUCUAGGCAAUGAAGGGAGACUAGGUUAUAGAAAGAGAGCAGCAAAACCCCCUGCUGCUGCUGCUGCUGGUGGUGGUGGUGGUGCUGCUGCUGCUGGGGGUGGGGGUGACUUGCAGCAGCAGCAACAGCAGCAGCAGCAGCAGCAGCAGUAUGAUGAUGAAGAAGAAUAUGAUGAAGAAGAAGACAGCUGGUUCGCCCCACAUCCUUAUAAAGUAAAGUUUGCGGAUAAGGCUGAGAUAUCUAUGAUUGCAUGCGGAGCUAAUCAUAGCUUAGCUGUCUCCUCUAGCGGCGUCUUAUAUACUUGGGGGCAGGGCUCUCACGGGGCCUUAGGCAUCGGAGACACUAGCUGCAGAUACACCCCUACUAAAGUUAAAUUUAAUAAUAAGGAGACUGCUUUCGUUAUUGCAUGCGGAGCAUUUCAUACUUUAGCUGUAUCUGCAGCAGGAGGUUUAUAUGCUUGGGGGUCUGGCUUCGGGCUAGGAUUAGGGUUUAUAGACAGCAGCACGGGGGGUGUGUCUCCUCAGCCGCAGCAGGUGCGCAGCUUAGAGUCUCCUGUGCUGCAGGUAGCAGCAGCACCAUAUCAUUCUGCUGCAGUUACUGUGCAAGGAGACAUAUUAUGUUGGGGGGUUGGCAGCAACAGCAGACUAGGCAUCAGCAGCAGCAGCAGCAGCAGCAGCAGCAGCACCAGCAAUCAACCUUAUCCUGUUUUUGUUAACGAACUUAGAAAUAAAAUGUUUGUUGCAGAUCUAAGAAUUCAGUUAGCUGCACAUGUGGGGCCCGGUCGCAUUGGAGAUAUAUAUUUACCUGCUGCUGCUGCUGCUGCUGCUGCUGCUGGUGCUGGUGCUGGGGAUACACUUGGUGCAGCAACAGCAGCAGCAGCAGCAGGACCGAGCGCUUGGAGUCUGUGCAACGUUGCAUGCGGAGCUCAACAUACAGCAGCAUUAACAUCUGCAGGCUGUAUGUGGGUGUGGGGUAAUAAUGAUAAAGGGCAGCUAGGUGUAGGAGCUGAGGAGACAGAAGAGCAGUACGAACCCUUCUUAUUAGAUUGCUUCUCUCUCCCUGUAAAACAGAUUGCAUGCGGAGACAAUCAUUGUCUUAUUAUUAUUCUUCAUGGUGCUGUCUUUGCUUGGGGUGAUAAUACUUACGGCCAGUUAGGUUUAGGAAAUACUAGACCUGCCUAUACACCUCAGGGUGUAUCUGCACUUCGUAAUGCUAUCGAUGUCUUUGCUGCUUCCAACUACAGCGCAUGCAUCACAGCGGGUAUUAAAGAUACAGAUAUUACUGCAGCAGCAGCACCUGCUGCAGCAGCAGGAGCACCUGCUGCAGCACCAACAGCAGCACCAGCAGGGUUUCAAGACACCCAGCAAGCAGGUCAGUUAUAUAUGUGGGGUUCAGCAGAGAGCGGUAGACUGGGUCUAGGCGAGAAGCUCCUUAGUGGAGCUGUCUGUACACCCCACGCUGUCUCUAUCUCUUCUCCUGUCACGAAGGUUGCACUCGGAACGGGGAGCUGUACGCGUGGGGCUGCACUGGCGGGGGUCGUUUGGGUGUGGGGUGGAGACGCAAGCAGCUUCAGGAGACACCUGCGCGUGUGGUGCCUCACUGGGCAGAUCCGAGUGUCUCCGCAGCAGCAGGAACAGCAGCAGCAGCAGCAGCAGCAACUACAACAGCAGCAGCUGCAGCAGCAGCAAACCCUGCCCUGCAAGUUGAGGGGGUUUGGGGGUUUAAGCGAAGGAGAAGUGCAAGGGUUUUUGUCUCGCUUAGCUUUUGCUGCUGGAGGGGGCUCAUUAAAAGAUGUUUCGUGGUUUAGCUUGCAGCAGCUGCUGCAGCAAGAAGAGACAGACUGUCUCCCGAAUAACUUAACUUCCUUAGAGAACUCUUUAAUUGCUGUCUUGGGCAGACACCUCGACCGCUUGCUGCAGUUAGGAGACAGAGAAAAAGAACUCAGACAACUCGAAUUACACUACCAAACCACCCUAAUCGGCGUUGCUGCUCGAGCCCGGUGUUCUCUUGCUAGCGCGUCCGGUGGAGGUACACCUGAGGAGCUAAACUCGAAGCUGUCUGUCCUCCAACCGCUUGCAUUCAUCCUGCAGCAGCAACCUGCAUAUUUGCUGCGCUUAUUUUUUUCUGUCAACAGCAAAAAAGAGAGAGCAGUGCUGCUCCGUAUUACUCAACAGGUGUAUCUUGAACUCGGUGACAGACGCAUCGGGGGUUUAUUCUGCUGUUUAAUGCGGGCCGUGGCGAAGCAAGAAAUUGCAGAAGUUCCAGACCUGGAGUCGUGCAUGAACCCCACGACAUCGAAUUUGGUGGAGUUGGUUCGGAUGUACGCCCUGAGAGAUUUUUCUUUGUCUCAGCUUUGCAACGCUGCGCUGGAUUUAAGAAACCCUAAGGCUUGA